CGACUGUCGAGACAAGACCGCUAUCAAUGGACAUAUUGGGCUGGAUCUGAAUUGGUGUCUCUCGCCCCAUUUUUUGCUUCCGUCUACACCACUAGACCUUCACUAGUCGCUACGUCCCUGCUGCGGUGGUCAAUCCAAAUCUAACUCCUUUCCCGCCGUGUGAAUAUGAGCGCAAAGCCUACUGCUGACUCCCCGGACGCUUGGGAAGAUGACUGGGAAAAACAGGCAGAUAAACUAGCCGACGAUCCAAACCCUCCUCCUCCAGAGAAGAAGGUAUCCUCGAAAGUCACCAAGGCGCAGCGCAGGGCGCAACAGGCUGAGUUCAACCGGCAGCUAUGGGCCGAAGCUGAAUCUCCGCAAACUUUCCACUACCUAGAGGCCCGUUCCGAUGUCCCUUUAAAGCAGGAUUUCAAACCAGCAGUAACUGUACUCAGCCGCACGCCUCAAUUGAUGACGCGCCAGUCAUCGUCCAGCGGAGUUUCUUCAGCGACUGCGGGAAUUAGUCGGCUCGGUUUGGCGACUAAUGAAGGCCUGGAGGACUCUGAUGAUGACCAGAAACGGCCAGAACCGACUCCAGAAGAACGGCAUGCCAUUGCCCUGAAGAACCUGGAAGAAAAACAACGGAAAUAUGAGGAAGUGCGCGAGAGACUGUUUGGAAGUCCGUCUGCAACCACCUCGGGUGCAUCGUCACCACGAAGCGCGACUCCUCCCAGACAGUUUGAGGGCAGAGGGAAGGGGAAAAGCCGCGGCAAUGGCAGAGACAACAACAGAGACAAGAGAGACUCUUCUGCAUCCUCGACGAAGUCAAAACAGCUCUUUGACCCCGGAUAUUCCUCCAAACCCAAUUCAAACUACAUGCAGAAGAAGGAGAGACAGCAAGCUGGCGAGCGGGUAUUGAAUGACCAGCCGCAAUCUCCGCGGCAACCCGUUCGUAGUCCGAGAGGCCCAGACGCCAGUGGACGAGGCGGUUUCAGAGCAGGCCACAGAGGCGCAAAGGCCACUUGAUCACAGCACGUCGCGACGUCUGGGGGCGCAGCCUUGCGUCAUUCGCACCGGAUAUGUCUUUAGUGACAGGACCACCCCUUGCUCGCUGAA